UGUGCGAUGUGGUAAUGUGAUAUGCCAAAGUGAAGGUGAACAAAGUGUACGUUUAUUUAAUUUAAUUAAGAGUUUUUCACAUGUGAUGAGUAAUGUACAUGAAAAUUCGUGGUCUUGGAUAGACUAUUUGGUGGAAACAAUCAAUAAGCUUACCCAUGGAGUGAGCUCAACGACGUUAGAGUUAACAUCUCAUCCGAUUGACAGUGUUAUUAACGAUGAACUUCAGCAAAAAUUAUCUGAUUUUUUUAACGAAUUUAUUGGUUUAGUAACAUUUGAUGAUUUUCAGUUACAUUUAUUGAAGAUCUUUUUAUUUACAUUUGUUAGUACCGUGGCAUUAAUUUUCAUCGCUUGGCAUAUUUAUGGUUCAAGAAUUUCCGAACAAUUUAUGGAAUCAAAAUCUAUAUCGGAAGAUCUGGAUUCUUCAUCCGAGGAAUAACUUGUUGCUUAAAAUAAAUUAUUUAUUCAAACCAA